GUUCGGCUCCCAACUUCGCUCUGAGUCACACGGUAGGGGCCGAAGCAAGAGGAGACGCAGGCGUUUGGUGGUGGCGGUGUUGGUGGUGUUGGUGGUGGUGUUACCAGCGAUCAUUCCAAAGCAGAUCUCUCAUUCUCGGAGACCACGCCGUGUCAAUCCAGUCCAUCCCAAGCCCGUCGGGAUUCUUCUCGUCCCAACGUGAUCGGACCGGAGUCGGCUUGAAGCUGCCCCAGCACUGACCAAGUCGCGUCCAGUCCAGUCCUGCUGAAUCCAGUCCAGCCAACUCCAACACCAGUCCAGCAGAGUCCAGUCCAGUCCAGCAGAGUCCAGUCCAGUCCAGCCAGGUCCAGCCAUGCUCACGGCACUCACCGCCGACGCCACGAGGGCAUACCAGAACUGGAUCAAGGAUGCAGACCCCCGCGUGGCCGACUGGCCGCUCAUGUCGUCGCCGCUGCUGCAGACGGUGAUCCUGGCGGCCUACGUUUACUUCGUCAAGCGCCUGGGCCCGCGCCUCAUGGAGAACCGCAAGCCCUUCGAGCUCAAGGGCGCCCUCGUCGCCUACAACGCCGCCAUGGUCGUCUUCUCCAUCUACCUGUGCUACGAGUUCCUGAUGUCGGGUUGGGCUACUGGCUACACGUACCGGUGUGACCUCGUCGACUUCUCAAACUCUCCACAGGCCGUCAGGAUGGCGUGGACCUGUUGGCUCUUCUACUUCUCAAAGUUCAUUGAACUUCUCGACACGGUGUUCUUCGUCCUGCGGAAGAGGAAUGCGCAGGUGACGUUCCUGCACGUGUACCACCACACCAUCAUGCCCUGGACCUGGUGGUUCGGGGUCAAGUUUGCUCCCGGUGGGCUGGGCUCCUUCCACGGGAUGGUGAACUCGUUUGUGCACGUCAUCAUGUACAGCUACUACGGACUCGCCGCCGCUGGACCCGCCUACCAGAAGUACAUCUGGUGGAAAAAAUACAUGACCGUCAUCCAGCUGGUGCAGUUCGUGUUGGUGCAGGCCCAUAUCGCCCAGUUCUUCUUCCUCAAGGACUGCCCCUACAACUACCCCAUCUUCCUCUACAUAAUUUUCGUCUACGGCCUCGUCUUCCUCAUCCUCUUCCUCAACUUCUGGUACCAGGCCUACACCAAGGGCCUCCGCCCGCCCAAGAAGCUGGAGGCGGGCGCGGCGGGCGGCGACGGGUACCGCCGUCGCCACGACGACAACCACCACCACCACGUCGCCAACGGCAACGUCACCAACGGGCAGCUCAACGGCAAGCACAAGGCCCAGUGAGGAGGGGGGAGGAGCCCUCCGUGCGGUCGUCGUCGUUACGUGGAAAGUUCCGCGGGCGUGACCGGCUUGAGACUACGAUGACGACGAUGGUGAUGAUGGGCAUGAUGAUGACGACGUUGACGUUAACAGUGUAGAUAAUGGUAAGGGGUGACAAUGACGACGAUGACGACGAUGACAACGACGAUGACGACGAUGACUUUGGUGACAACGAGGAUCGCGGUCACAACCGAUGUGACGAUGAUGUCACUCGGGAGCAGGAUGAUGACGAUGACCGUGACGAUGAGGAUGGCGAUAAGCAUGACAGCAAUGAUGGCGCUGAGGAUGAUGACGACAACGAUGAUAUUGACAAUGACCACAAAGAUUGAGAUGUUUUUUACGACAAUGACGACGACUAUGAAGACGACGUCAAUGAUUACGACAGACGACGACUGAGGCUGACGGCGGCAAUAACGAGGACUGCGAUCGUUAAUGACAAGGUCGACAGCGAUGACCAACAUGACGACGACGAUGAUAAUAAUAAUAAAAACAACGUUGAUAGCGACAAUUGCGUUAAUGACCGGGACUGCGCACGAAGGUAUUGACGACGACGACGAUAGCGAUGGCGACUGCAGAGGAGGUUGUGACCACGAAGUGACGACCACAGUGACGAUGACGAUGGCAAUGAAGAAACGGUGACGACUCCUACCACGACCCAACAACACUGGUGGGGGAGCCGAACAACAACAACCCCCCCACCCCCCCCUAAAUAUUAUUUAUGACGCGCGCCCCGAAACCUCGUCACGGUGUAGAGAGAAGGGACGGGGGGGGGGGGUGCUGGGAUGUGACGCGGGAGGGGCGAGCUGACGAUGAUAACGAGGGCGGGGGGUGCCCGUGCGCGUGUUAACCGUUUGGUGGACGGAAUAAAGAGGUGAUCGCCAGGAUGAAGCGGCAGUGGGUGAGCCCGUGGUUAUUUGCUGAACCGAGGUCGGCGCUCGCGGCUCGCCGUGCGGUCGUACCGGCGUCGACUUGGUCCGAGGUGUCAAGCCUCUCGCUCUUACCCGGCAAUCGUUGAACGCCAUCGCACGACGCCCGCCAAUCGCUCCCUCCUCCACCACCAUCACCACCGUCACCUGCGUGGCUCUCGUGGCAGGUUGGGCUCCAGCGUUGCAGGCCAAGUCGUGGUGGUGGGGAUGGGGUGGGGGUGCACGGCUUAUGCUUGGAAACCGGAAACAAAGCUGAUUUGCCAAAUCGAUUUUGUUUUUGACGCGGUACGUCGCGUGCAAAACGAAUGAGCGGGAGGCGGGGGGGGGGGUGCAGGUCAGAGGUCAUCGUAGCGAUGGGUGGGAUGGCAUGUUGACGUCCCGAGUUAUUUAGAUGUAUUUUUCUCUGUCCAUCGGGAGUUUAGUCGGCUCUGGGUCCGGUGAUCCCAAGAACCGGGUGCGAGAUUAUCCCCUGCGAAAGAUUCCGGGGAAAAAAAAAAAAUAUAGCGGCGGCCGUGCCGCCGUGGCCUCUACCCAUCCCUCGCGCAUCGUCCGCCAAGAAACGUCUCUCCGUCCCUUCGUCUCUGUCCCUCCGUCGCUCUGUGUCUCUGUCCCUCCGUCGAUCCAUCCCCUCCGUCUGUCCGUCCGUCCGUUCGUCCAUCCGUCCAUCCGUCCGGCCAACAACGUCCGAGGUGAGCUCUCGCCCUGCGAUACAAUCGUCUUUUGCGGGCCCGGUGGAUGCUUGGCAAACUUUCUGAGUGUCAGUUUGAUACCCGCAUUCUCCAGAUCGAGGGGCACCAACCCCUCCGCUCCCCCCCCCACCCCACCCCUGUGAAGUUUAAAGUAAAAUUUUGGGGGGGGGGAGUGCGUGACCAGAUUUGUUGAACUUUAUAGACGCAUCGGGCGCAAGUUUUGUACGUGGGUUCGGUCACGCUCUCCGGAGCGUCUUAUGAUGCGGGAGAAUACGGUGAAUGAUAGUCGUGCUGAUAUGAAUUAUAAUAAUGAUAAUUAUAGACAUAUAUGAGCUGGCGGAUGGUUUAAUGGAUGCAAAACUAACACGGUAGAUAUUUUUCUCCCCCCCCCUUACAAAAAUGGUGCUCUUUGUCUGUGCGUCGGUGUCGUCCACUGUGUCGCAGUAUUAGAGGGCGACAUUGCUCGCCCGCCCGCCCAUCAUCGCCCCGCUGGCCGUCGUACGAACCCCACGCUCCGCUCCGCGUGCUGGGGCUGCGUCGUGAACUGAGCCGCUCGCUCACUCACUCGCUCGCCCUCUUGCUCCCUCGCUCACUCGCUCGCUCGCCCUCUCGCUCGCUCGUUCGCCCUCUCGCUCGCUCGUUCAGACGGCGCUGCCGACUCGGCCGCGCCGGUUCUUGAUGUAGAUUUUCUCGACGCAAUUAUUUUUUUCUUUCUUUCAUCGAAGCAGCAACGCGAGCCGCUAGUGCCUCAACGUCGGACGUCGCGCCGAACACGGCACGACCGCGGGGACGUACAGCAGGGAGCUGCACUCGCUACAAAGAAGCGCAAAUCGAUCCGUUCCCGUGCGUGCGCCCGCCAGCAAAUACCAAACUUCGGUGGCGGCGAAAGUUUUGCGAAGUUAUUUCGCGGUCAAUGAAUGAAUAAGGGGGGGGGAGGAGGAGGGGGGGGAGGAGGGUGGGGAGGAGGGGGGGGAGGAGGAGGAGGAGGAGGAGGGGGGGGACCCCCUUGUCAGCGAAUGAAUGAACGAAUGAGGACCUUUGCUUCUUUCUCGACGGUCGCUGCGUUGUUUGACGUCGCUUUGCCGUACGAGUGGUGGGGGCGCGCGGGCGCGAUGCCACCCCCCGCGCAGGCGAGUAGUGGAGUCUCUCUCGACGGAACUCCGCUCCCUUUGCGCACUCGUCACGCGCCUCUCUCCGUUCCGGCGAGUCCCGCCUAACCCGAGCCGGUUAUAGAAGUUACACAUUCCCAUGACGGUGGCGUUUUGGUUUGGGGUUCCGGCUUAAUUUCACGUACACCCCUCCCUCGCCCGACGCACCGCAUCCAGUUGAUACCUCCUCUCUCUGUCUCUCUCUCGCUGUGCCCGUGCCUCCUGCCGCUUGCGCGCCGUCGACCUGCGUGGUGGGGAUAUUCGGUGGGAAGUGAAGCGCGGGCGGGUGACGUUCCAUCUCCUCGGGCCGGGAUCGUGCCGCCGUUCGUUGCCACGGAGACCGUUUCUGCUUUGUAGUUGUUGUUGUUGUGCUGCUGCUGCUUCUUCAUUCUCUCACCUUGUACAAAAUAAAAAACACGAGAAGGAGAGAUGUGGAAGGAGAGACCUGGUGAAUGAGGAGUGAUUAAGUAACCACUUGAAUUUAUAACGCACUCUGGAGGACGCAAGGUGAAUGUGCGAGUGUUUUGUGUGUUGCGGUUCGCGCGCUGGGCUACGAAACCCGACCACCCGGGUUCGAUUCCCGCUCGCGGCCAACGCCACCUAGUGACGAUUAUCUGACCCGGUCCUGGGCCUCCCCUAGGUCGACGUGGCCUCAAAUGAGUACCUGGCGUGGUGUGUAAACAUCGGCACCGGAGAGACGAAAAGUGGCCGGGCGUGGUUCCGGCCACACGACGAACCUCGUUCGCCGGUCUGACAUUGUUGGCCUGACGUGCGUGACUGGACUGGACCUGUGUGUUGGGGAGAUGUCCGCGCGCACGUGCUCACAUCCUGCUGAACUCGGGUUCCACUCGUGGCCACGUCCAAAAAAAAACCUGGAUCGGACCUCCGCGGCGAGGUUGGCUCGGCGCGAAAUCGGCAUCGACCACGCAGCACCGUGGCGCAGCGCGGCGACACCGUGGAACGUAUACGCGCCGGGAAGCCGAAGGUGUCCCGUGUGUCCGUGGUACUGGCCACACACCGCCUCUCCCGCAUGUAUCGUGGCCACCUUAAUUGGUGCUCGCGAACGAAACCUACAACCUCGCCAGCGUAAUUGUGUCCGUCAGGAGUGUGCGCAUUGAGUACCACUUUGUUGAAAGCCAACCGUCGUUGUGCUGUGGAUGGACAUCUUCCCGAGUCACAGGUUCAAAUCCCCGCCUGGGCUUUGACACCGACACCAUCAUCAUCAUCAUUUCGUCGGGAGUUCGUAAAUGAUGUACUACUUUGUGAGACUUCGACAGUAAAUGUCCGGCGGGGGAGAAGAGGCUGUUGUCCCGCUCCGCCGACCCCCGCCAUAGGAAUGUGGAAUUUCCACGACUGAGGCUCUGGGGGCCGCAGCCCCCUCUAAGGCCCCUCCUCUCUGGGCGUCGUCGUCUGUGACCGUUGUGGAAGUGACCACUGGGAGUGUGGAGGGGGAAAUCAAAAGAAAUCGAUGUCGAAAACGGCACCGAUCAUUGUCUCCACGCCCAAUCGAUUAGCCCCCCUCCCCCCGACUCUCCCCCCCCCCACCCCAGGACCUAUGACGUAAGGAUUUGUUGAUGGUCUUGUCUCUCAAGUAUGCUCGCGUCGGGAAUGAGUUAAGGAAGGUGAGAAGAUUACAUAUAUAUAGUUAAAUUAAAUCCAGAUUGCCGACCGGCCUCUGUUCAAUGUCGUGGCACGGGGCAGGCGAGUCGUGUGAAGUCUGAUCACGACGACGGGCAACCUUUGUCAAAUGCCGCCACCCCCGGCCGGGCGUUCGGAAGGUCACGCUCAUGUGGGUGCGUGUGGCGGUGGGGGGGGGUAAAGUGAGGGUAACCCCCCCCCCCGCCGCCCCACCUCUUUCCAGGACGAACUGACUGGCGUGGAAGAGUAGACCAAUGCAAUGCCCUCCCCGAGGUCGAAACUGUCGAGAUCACCUGAGCGGAGAGGCCCGUAACGCCGGCAGCCAGUGGCGCGAGCAGGCAAGUGCAGGGGCUGCACCUUUACCUUCAAAAAAUAAUUGAGAAGCCUCCCCCAACCCCCCCCCCCCCCCAUGGGGGUUCUGUAUGGCGACCCCCCCCCCCCAUCUGUGCCUUCCUAAAAAUGUCAAAUCCCAUGGCCCGAAAAAUAGAUUUUUGGUACCACCUGGGGGUGGUCAAUGCUACCAAUGAUUUUCUUGAAGCUUUGUAUCUCCUAGAUAGCGAAUUAUUUAUGAUAGCAAGGUCGGCGUGGUUUGUUUUUUUGUUCGAGGAAAGACGACGUUGGAGGAGGAAGCGUCCCAGUGUAUCGUUUGAUCGACUUGUUAUAGGCGGGUAAAUCUGAAAUGAAACAUCAUCAUUGUCGGCAUCAUUGUAAGCACAUUUGGUAUCAUAGAGCGAAAUCUGUGGCCAAGGCGCGACGUAUCUCUCGCGCACACACGCGCACAUUCUGCAGGAGCGCAGGGCGAUGUUGUAAUUAGCGGUGGGGUAAUUUUUUGUAUCAAAUGAUAGCAAAAUCUGGCCCGGGACACCUAGCACGCAAUGGGCCCCACUACUGGUUUCUUUUUUCAAAUGUCACGGAAGGGGGUGUGGUGGAGGGAGAGGUGUUGGUCAUUGGCGUUUACUGUGAGUUGAGCAGACGGCGCAUAGCCGCAGCAGCAGCAGCAGCAAACGCAGUUUUACGAGUUAAUACGUCUGCAGUAUUAACCGGUGCGGCUUGCUGGAUGCGAACCGCCAACCUCUCUGCAACAGCAAGCGGGGCGAAUGCUUCGACCGUUUCGCACGACCGCUGUGGCCGCUCCCGCUUAACGGGACGGUAUGAAAAGGAAUAUAUUGAGUUGCGUGCGCGCGUGUGUGCGUGUGUACAUAUGGAACGCAAUCUUCCGAAUGAACGCUCGGCUUUCUUCUGCCCAUGGUGGAUUCUGGUAGCGAUUCCCCCCGAGUGGUACCGACUAACCUCCCCCCCCGCCUACCCACCUUGCUUCUGCUUGGCCCAUGCUGUUGCUGUUCAUUUGUCGUGUCUGCAUCGGCACGCGUUGACUGACUGGCACGCGUUGAUUGGCACGGAUUGACUGGCGCGUUGACCGGCACGCGUAGAAUGACUGGCACGUGUUGACCGACCGGCACGCGUCGACUGUCACGUGUCAACUGUCACGUGUCGAAAUCAACGCGUCAUCAACGCGUUGACCUCAACGCACCGUCAGGUUACACGAUAACUUGAUCUAACAUUCUUACUUUUAUAAUAUAAAAAAACGAGGAAGAUAUUGUUUCACUCAUUAUUUCCGUCGUCCGUCUGGUAAAGAAUAAUAGUAAUACAAUUAAAAAAAUGGAUGCAUAAA